AUGACCGCGAUCGGGCCAGAGAUCAUCACAGCAGACAUCGAUCCAAGCGUGAUUCCUCCUCAGGAUGAAAGGGACAAGAAGCGGCGCAAGCACCACAAGAAGGACAAAAGGGACAAGAAGGAAAAGCGAGACAAGAAGGAGAAGAAGAAAGACAGGAAGUCUUCAUCUUCCUCCUCUUCAUCAUCAAAGAAGGACGAGAAGCGCAGGGAACUCGAAGAGCAAGCCAAGGCCUUCCUACAGAAGAACGCGUCGAUGGGCGAGGCGACGGCGGUGCUCACCGACAGCGACUACUUUGCGCGCCACGCCGAGUUCAGCCUCUGGCUGAAGGAGGCCAAGGGCCUCUUCUUCGAGGACCUCUCGGCCUCCAAGUCGCGCAAGAAGUUCGCCAAGUUCGUCGAGCUGUGGAACCGCGGCUCCUUGCCAGACAAGUUCUACAAGGGCAUAAGCACGCAGGAUCUGGAGCACAACACCCGCACGGGCUACCAGUGGGGCUUCACCAACAGGAUCGACGAGAAGGAGGCACUCACUCUCAGCUCCAUGCGCGAUGAGAUCUCCCGCGAGACGAACCGGCCCAAGGGCGCUCGACCGCCGCCGCGCCGGCCCGCCUCGACUUCCAUGGCCGCGCCUUCUCCGUCUACGCGCGGUCCAUCUGGUCCGGCCGUCAAGCACCCCGACGACGAAGAACUCGACGAUGAGGACAAGCGGCGGUAUGACCGGUUGAUGCGCAAGAAGCAGGAGAAGAGCGCACAAAGCUACAGGGAAGCCGUCAUGGCACAGGAGGAGCUGGUGCCCAAGGCCGACCCGGGCAGCAGAGAAGCGCGGCUCGAGAAGCAGAAGCAGAAGGGCGCCUACGCCAAGGGCCGCGAGGACUCGCCCGAGAUCAACGAAAGCGAUCUCAUGGGCGGCGGCGACUCCUUCAAGGACAGGCUGCGCCGGCAGCAGGAGUGGCGGUCGAAGAAGGACAGCGCGCGGUCGGAAGAGGCCCAGAAAAAGCUGGCCGCCCACCAGGCCAAGGAGGACGCCGUCAUGCAGCAGUUCCGCAACUUGCUCGCCCAGCGCGGACCACCACAGCUGUGA